AUGUCACACACUAUCCGAAGAGUAGUCUUAGGUCAUACUCCCGACGGUUCUCAAACCUUUUCUGAUGAAUCACUUCCGGCUGUGAAACAACAAGGAGGUUGGUAUACCGGUCAAGCGUUUCAUUUACCUGAAUACAAUCCCGAUCCUUUGAAAUUAUUCAAAGAAAGGGAUUUACCUCCUCCUGGAUUAUAUGGUGCUCCUGCUCAAGUACUUUGGAUAGACUUUCCACCAAACACCCCUUCACCGGAACAUUUCACACCUACACUCGACUUGAUAAUCAUCACCAUAGGAACUCUUCGAUUAAAACUUCAUGAUGGCCGAGAAAUUUUUCUAAACACAGGUGAUUUAUUCGUACAAAUCGCUGCUGUACAUCAAUGGAUAAACCCUACUGAUCAAAUGGCUCAAGAAAGAGAGGACUGGCAAGCCUUCAAGUCCGAAUGGGCAGGUGUGAACGCAGGAAUUGAUAGAAGAAAGAGGGGACUGGCAAGCCUUCAUUUCCGAACAGGUUUCGUAGGAAUAUGUCUUCCUACUCAACAAAUCAAAGUGGAUGGUAAAACACUCGAUCAACCUCCAUUCAACUUUACCAAAUUCUAA